ACUUUUUGUGCAUGCUUUUAUUUUGUAGGCUAUGAUUCUGAUGAUGAAUGUGAGGAUGCUGAAGGCAUCCGCUACACAAGACGUAACAAGGGCAAAAAAUAUGCCCCUCUACAAAAAGACGAUUCUUUAGAGAUGGGCGGAGCUUGCGGAAGGAGAGAUGUUUCCAAAUCUAACGGACAUUUGCUUUCCAGCAACCAUACUUCUUACUCAGGGAGCAGCGGCUCAUUGGUCAAUCACAAACAACUACAGCAGCUGCAGUCGCAGUCUGGCGAACACCACAUUCACAGCUCAGAGGCUCCGCUGUCAUCGGAAGAGAGCAGUGAUAUUGAUGCCAACGGUAAUUCGUACACCAGACCUCCUCAAGCAGAUUCUGAUACAGACGAAGAAACAGACAGACUUUUGCAGAAGCAGUAUCAGGAAAGAGAUAAAAAUGUCGAGAUACCAGAGCUGACUGACCCAGAUGCAGCAGGCAUGAGAUCUGAGGCUGAAAGACGACAGUCUAAAGCUAAAGAAGCUGCCAUACGUGACCCUGACCGGCCUGAAGUUCUGAUUGAAGGGGUGCUCUUCCGUGCCCGCUACUUAGGGUCAACUCAACUCAUUUCUGAAGGUCAGCCAUCGAAAGCCAUGCGUAUGAUGCAAGCUCAGGAGGCUGUAGGCAGGAUUAAG